CCAUAGGAUUCUCCAGAAUCGUAUUAAGUGGGUCGUACUGUGUCAUCAAUUCAACUUGUAGGUAGUUUAGUAAAGUAGCGUGACGCUACAGUGAACCGUGACGCACUGUCAUCAAGCCGUCCGAUAAACGGCGCGAGCCUGUAGGUUGGCAGUCCUCGCCCACUUGGAGCGCUCGUGGUCACCCGUGUAGCCCCGCGCGCGACAUUGACACACAUACUGUGGCCAAAGAUUCACGUUACAACUUAGCACUGCCACUGCUAGCAACAUUAUGAAAUCGCUUGUUCUUAGUGAAAUGGUGAGAAAAUACGAAAGAAUGAGCGGCCGCCAGUCUUGGAACGAGGCCGACAUGGCGAGGGCUGUAGCAGCUGUAGUUUCAGGGAAGAUGGGAUACAAACUGGCCGCCAGGACAUUCCACAUACCGCGUUCAACCUUACAGCGGCGCGCCAGCAAGAUACGUUACCAGCAGCCCGACGAUCCGAAACCCAUAAUGGGGCACUACAGACGCGUUUUCACGGAGAGCCAAGAAAAAGAUCUAGUCGGCUACAUCAAGAGCAUGGAGCAGUACUUCAUGGGCGUAUCACGCCGAGACAUCAGGGAGCUGGCGUACCAGUAUGCUGAAGACAACAACUUGAAUCAUCCCUUUGAUACCAACUCGAGGAUGGCCGGCGAGGACUGGGUCAGGAAUUUCCUUAAAAGGAAUCCCGAGCUGAUGCACAAAUCGGAGAAAGAAUUCGAGCUGGAACCGGUGAACUUCGACCAAUUCUAUCAUUUCAUGGUUCAAUUCUCAUGAUUAGUGGUUCCCACUGGUAUUAUUCCUAUACAAUAGAAGACCUUGUCUGAAAAACUGUAAACUAAAAGAACUCUCAAGGUAACACGGAGGCGUUACUGCACCGCUCAAAACAAUUUAUAGUGCCAUGGCCUUUUUUCACACGAAAUCCAAGCAUGCAAACCAUGGCCAAAGAUUACUAUUGAAUUAACCUAAGUAGAGAGUUUAUAAAAAUCUAUUUUUAAUUAAAUGUAGGGAACAAAUUAACAAAGCUCAAAAAUAGAGAAAAGUUUUACAAGACCUAUGGUAGAUAUUUAACAAAACCGUGUUGUUAGAAACUACUUAUUUUAAUGCUAUGAUUGUACUUAUCGUUUGAAUGGAAUCGUACCAUCCGUUAAUUCUUAAUUUAUAGUUUAAAAUUUUGUUAUUUAAUGGUAAAUUUUAUCUUGCUAAAUUAAGGGCUGUGAUAAUAAGAGAAAUGUAUAUUUGUGGAACAUAUCAAGUAAUUGGGGUGUUGUGUAGGUUUAGAUGGGGUAAUGGAAGGGGAAGGAUAGUUAAAAAAUCUCACAUGCCAAGCAUGAGCUAAUGAUAUAGAUAAGGGUCCAGCGAACCAUUUAAGGAAAGCUAGUUACGUUAUCAAAUAUCGUUCAAGUUGGAAAGAGGGAUUGUUUACACGAACUUUUUAUUGUAACGGAUUCUAUCAAUAGUUCUUAUCCGAAGAUUAUUUUGUCCGUUCAUUUCAUUUGUAAUAUUGAAUGCAAGAUAAAUCAAACAUGUAAUCAGAAAGUAUAUCAGUAAGAAUAUAUUUUAGAACCCAUGGGUUCUAAUUUACAAGUGUAAUAUUAUUUCUCGUAAAUAUCUUGAUUGUAUCAUGGCUCGUUCGUUGAACAAGCGCGCGCACAGCGCAGGCUCCGGCGCAGCAGGGCAAGCACAUGAAUGGCGCGACAGUAUUUCGCGAGAUAGACGAAUUACCCGUCCCACACUAAUUAAUAUAGUUGGUAAAGAACGGGUAGUUUAUCUCGCGGGAGAGAUAAUGUCGCCGCGCCUAUUGUGUGAUUGCCCUACAGGUAUCGACUAAUGUGAUAAACGGUGAUUGGUGAUAUUAGUAAAAAAAAAUAAUUACAGAUCAGACUAAAUUUUUGAACAUUGUUCUUUAAAUUAAAAGCGAAAUAUUUAUUCUAUAAUUAUAAGACAUUAAGUACCUUAUAUUUUUUGUCGUUACCUGAUUUAAGUUUUGAUCUCUUAAGUUAGUUUAGGCUUUAGAUUAUUUAUUUAGCCUCAAAAAUAUUAAAUUUGUUGAAGAGGUUUGUUAUGGGACCGCAGUCACCUACCUACACGUAUGCCAAACCUGUUGAUGAUUUGAGAUUUAUUUUAAUUUAAUUCUUAAGUACUUACUUACUUAAUAUUAGUGUAACUACAUUCAAUAAAUAUUUUAAACUCGA